AUGGCCGACAGAGAAAAGUUCCAGGCAGUCCUUCCUUCCAUAUUGACCGAUCUGGACCAAGAUCUCACUCGAAGAGGAACGCCCAAAGCCCUCAAGGAUCGCUUCCUUGCCUGUCUACGCUCCAAUGUCCAAGGAGGAAAACUCAAUCGUGGCCUUAUUGUCCUCAACACCGGCCACGUCCUGCUACCCCGUCCCCUGUCCGCGAUCGAAAUUCAACAUCUCAGUAUUCUCGGCUGGCUUACUGAGCUAUUUCAGGCCGCGUACCUGAUCUGGGACGAUAUCAUGGACUCCUCCGAGUACCGUCGGGGCCAGCCUUGCUGGUAUCGCCGGGACGGUAUCGGGCUCAGUGCCAUCAACGACGCGUGUCUGAUCAAGUCGUCCAUAAUGGUGCUCCUGCGGCAGUACUUUGGCGACCAUCCGAGCUAUUGUGAGAUGAUGGAGCUAUUUGACGAGGCUGCGUUCCGAACGGAGCUGGGCCAACUCGCUGAUAUGACGACGAGCAAUGAAUGCAGCCUGGCUGAGAUGACGAUGGAACGUUAUGCGUUCACGGCGGAGAACAAGACUGCAUUCUAUAGUUUCUACCUCCCCGUCGCUCUCGCUCUGCAGUACCUCCAGCACGCGACUGAGCAGAAUCUGACAGUUGCACGAGAAAUCCUGCUUCGCAUGGGCCGGUAUUUCCAGGUUCAGGAUGAUUAUUUUGAUGUGUUCGGGGAUCCGAAGAUCACCGGCAAGGUUGGGACAGAUAUUCGAGAUAACAAGUGCUCGUGGAUGGCCCUGAAGGUCUUUGAGCUCUCUAGCUCCGAGCAAAAGGCUAUUCUUAGUCUGUGCUACGGAAAACCAGACACGGAGAAAGAGGCCAGUGUGAAAGAUGUGUUUUGCCAGGUAAAUAUCGAGGACGUGUUCAAGAACUUUGAGACGACCGAGUUAGACAAUCUUGAAAAGCAAAUCGACCAAAUCGGAGGAGAGUAUGGGCUUCUCAAGAAUGCUCUCUGGUCAGUUUUGGGGAAGAUAUCGCGGCGGGAUAAGUGA